AUGGCUUCAGCAGCUCGGUCAUUGGCUCAGCCAGCCCGGUACAUGGCCCGGAGAGGCCUGAUGGCCCCGUCCGUCCGAUACUUCUCCGCCUCGCCGCUCAAUCGCGCCCAGGAAGAUCCCGUCAUGCCUCCUCCGCCGAAGGAACUCAAAGCGGAGGAUUUCCCUCCAAUGCCCGAGUACUCCGUCGACCUCUUGACCAAAGAGCAGCGAUCAAUGUACGACCUGAUGUCUCCCGAAGAACGCGCGGCAUUCGACGAAGAGAACAUCCGCCUGGUUGCCGAAUUCAAUGACCCCGUGAAGCGCGCGGCAGUCUUCCACGACCUCGAGAAGCGCGUGCAACAGAUUGAUAAGGAAGAGGAUAUGCGAUUCGAGGAUCUCCGUCCCCGCCAACCAGGUUUCUGGGCUGAAGACGAACCCGAUGAGUUGGCCCAAGUGGAGGAUGGUGACGAGGAAAUCAACGAUGAUGAAAUCACAUCCAUGGCACACGCAGAAAUGGAAUUGCACCGUGAAAUGAGAGAAUAUGCCCGCAUCACAGCAUGGGAUAUGCCAAUGCUGAGCAAGCUUGCUAAACCAUUCACUCUGCCUCCUCCCACCCACAUCCUCCGCUUCCGCUACACUACCUACAUGGGUGAACAGCACCCUGCCGAGCCCAAGGUCGUUGUGGAGCUUGCAUCGCAAGAUUUGACCCCCAAGUAUCUCACCGAGGCCCAGCGCCAAACAUUCCUCAAGCUGGCCGGUACGCGCUACAACCCCCAGACCGAUGUCAUCCGCAUGUCGAGUGAGAAGUUCAGCUCGCGCGCCCAGAACAAGCGUUAUCUGGUAGAUGUCGUCAACUCGAUGAUCAAGGAGGCCAAGGAGGGCGACUCUUUCGCCGAUAUUCCCCUCGAUCUCCGUCACCACAAGCCCAAGACCAGACUGCAGUUCCCCGAGUCUUGGAACAUGACCGAGGCCCGCCGGAACCAGCUUGCCGCACGGCGCAAGGAGCGUCUGACUGCCGAGGAGUCGAGAGCCGCUCUGGUGGACGGUAACGCAGUUGUCUCUCACGCUAUCAAGGUGCUUCCUUCCCUCAACCCCGUUCUCCAGGCCAAGGCCGCCGAAGAGCGGGAGCGUGUCGCUGUCAAGGUCGGUGGUGCUCGCAAAAAGGUGACUCGCCGGUAA